AGGACCUAGUUUUGGGCGCGGACGGAUAUGACCGCAUGACGUAUAGACUCUGGUAUAUAAAACUGUGUUCGGCCAAACUGCGGCAGGUUUUCGUUGACGAACGAAGCAGAUCUUUUCUACGUGAAUACGUGUUCAAGUUUUUUUUUUGCUGCGUUUUUGAUAGCAUAAACAUGCAGAUCUUUGUCAAGACCCUCACCGGUAAGACCAUCACCCUUGAGGUUGAGCCCAGUGACACCAUUGAGAAUGUCAAGGCCAAGAUCCAGGACAAGGAAGGCAUUCCCCCAGACCAGCAGAGGCUGAUCUUUGCUGGCAAGCAGCUGGAAGAUGGCCGCACUCUGUCUGACUACAACAUCCAGAAGGAGUCCACCCUCCACCUUGUCCUGCGUCUCAGGGGUGGCAUGCAGAUCUUUGUCAAAACCCUCACUGGUAAGACCAUCACCCUGGAGGUUGAGCCCAGUGACACCAUUGAGAAUGUCAAGGCCAAGAUCCAGGAUAAGGAAGGCAUUCCCCCAGACCAGCAGAGGCUGAUCUUUGCUGGCAAGCAGCUGGAAGAUGGCCGCACCCUGUCUGACUACAACAUCCAGAAGGAGUCCACCCUCCACCUUGUCCUGCGUCUCAGGGGUGGCAUGCAGAUCUUUGUCAAAACCCUCACUGGUAAGACCAUCACCCUGGAGGUUGAGCCCAGUGACACCAUUGAGAAUGUCAAGGCCAAGAUCCAGGACAAGGAAGGCAUUCCCCCAGACCAGCAGAGGCUGAUCUUUGCUGGCAAGCAGCUGGAAGAUGGCCGCACCCUGUCUGACUACAACAUCCAGAAGGAGUCCACCCUCCACCUUGUCCUGCGUCUCAGGGGUGGCAUGCAAAUCUUUGUCAAAACCCUUACUGGUAAGACCAUCACCCUGGAGGUUGAGCCCAGUGACACCAUUGAGAAUGUCAAAGCCAAGAUCCAGGACAAGGAAGGCAUUCCCCCAGACCAGCAGAGGCUGAUCUUUGCUGGCAAGCAGCUGGAAGAUGGCCGCACCCUGUCUGACUACAACAUCCAGAAGGAGUCCACCCUCCACCUUGUCCUGCGUCUCAGGGGUGGCAUGCAAAUCUUUGUCAAAACCCUCACUGGUAAGACCAUCACCCUGGAGGUUGAGCCCAGUGACACCAUUGAGAAUGUCAAAGCCAAGAUCCAGGACAAGGAAGGCAUUCCCCCAGACCAGCAGAGGCUGAUCUUUGCUGGCAAGCAGCUGGAAGAUGGCCGCACCCUGUCUGACUACAACAUCCAGAAGGAGUCCACCCUCCACCUUGUCCUGCGUCUCAGGGGUGGCAUGCAAAUCUUUGUCAAAACCCUCACUGGUAAGACCAUCACCCUGGAGGUUGAGCCCAGUGACACCAUUGAGAAUGUCAAAGCCAAGAUCCAGGACAAGGAAGGCAUUCCCCCAGACCAGCAGAGGCUGAUCUUUGCUGGCAAGCAGCUGGAAGAUGGCCGCACCUUGUCUGACUACAACAUCCAGAAGGAGUCCACCCUCCACCUUGUCCUGCGUCUCCGGGGUGGGCAGUCAAAAAGGUUUUUCCCCGCUGUUAAAUACGACAAGUUGUCAAAAAGCUGUGCAAACAUGCAGAUCUUUGUCAAGACCCUCACUGGUAAGACCAUCACCCUGGAGGUUGAGCCCAGUGACACUAUUGAAAAUGUCAAGGCCAAGAUCCAGGACAAGGAAGGCAUUCCCCCUGACCAGCAGAGGCUGAUCUUUGCUGGCAAGCAGCUGGAAGAUGGCCGCACCCUGUCUGACUACAACAUCCAGAAGGAGUCCACCCUCCACCUUGUCCUGCGUCUCAGGGGUGGCAUGCAAAUCUUUGUCAAAACCCUCACUGGUAAGACCAUCACCCUGGAGGUUGAGCCCAGUGACACCAUUGAGAAUGUCAAGGCCAAGAUCCAGGACAAGGAAGGCAUUCCCCCAGACCAGCAGAGGCUGAUCUUUGCUGGCAAGCAGCUGGAAGAUGGCCGCACCUUGUCUGACUACAACAUCCAGAAGGAGUCCACCCUCCACCUUGUCCUGCGUCUCAGGGGUGGCAUGCAGAUCUUUGUCAAAACCCUCACUGGUAAGACCAUCACCCUGGAGGUUGAGCCCAGUGACACCAUUGAGAAUGUCAAGGCCAAGAUCCAGGACAAGGAAGGCAUUCCCCCAGACCAGCAGAGGCUGAUCUUUGCUGGCAAGCAGCUAGAAGAUGGCCGCACCCUGUCUGACUACAACAUCCAGAAGGAGUCCACCCUCCACCUUGUGCUGCGUCUCCGGGGUGGGCAGUAAAUGAUGUUUGCUUGUCGUUUACAUGACAACCUAACUCAAUAAAACAUGAGAUUAAACUGA